AUGCCAAGAGUGGUGCAGAGCAACAGCCUUCAUUUUGGACUUGCUGGGCCACCCCCUGCAGAGUCGAAUGCCGUCAGAGGCAAGGAUGCGGGCCUCAAAGCGUCAUCGGACUUGCCAGUGGCUGGCAGAAUGACGCUGACGGAUCACUAUCGAUCCGAUCACUGUCUCGUCUGCGGACACAAGACCGAGCAGGGUGAGGAACACGUCAAAUUCUGUCUUUACGAUGUCCGCGCAACCGCCCCCAAUCUUAGUCCCCAUGCUCACGCGCUUUCGCUUUCCCCGCUCCUCGAACGCCCAGGCGUGUGCAUCGAUUGUCGACAAUCACCUCGCGACGCGCUCUCCAUGCUCUUGACGGACGUAUCGCGCAGCACGUGCCGUCUGAUCAGCAUCAUGCGAGUAUGCGCUUCGUGCGCCUCUACCACUGGUCAAUGCUCCUCCUCCUCCGCAUCCCCCGACACGUCCGCACACCCACAAAGCAGCAGCAGCAGGUACAACUUCCACAAUCACAAUAUUCCUCCUCCUCCUCCUUGCCUGUCCGUCGAUUGUCCGGUGCUGUACGAGCGCGUUGGAGCUAAAAGAAACUUGGAUAGGGCUGCUAAAAUUCAACAAUACGUAGAGGUGGUGCUCGAACAGUGA